CAUCAACCCAACUCGCAAAGGUUUUCCCUAGUUAUAACUCUACUCUCCUCUGUGGACUAUAUAUUAAACUCUAUUCUUUCUCGUCAGGCUAAACUCCUCUGUCACAAAUCAUCCGCACCACAUUUCGCUACGCAAUCUUGUAACUGGGUUAUCACAUCCAUCUACAUAGUGACUCAAACACACGAUAUUCUCACCUCAAACCAAACCCCGAGAAAAUGAGUGGCGACUUUACGGCUUUCUUCUAUGGCACCCUGAUGGCUCCCGAGGUGUUCUUCACUGUCUGCUACGGCAAUCGUGACCCUCCCAAGGCCAUCAAGGACAUGCACACAUUCACUCCCGCUAUCCUAGACGGCUACUGUCGCCACAGAGUUGAGUCUGCGGAUUACCCUGCAGUGGUCCCCGAGAAGGGCCACACUGUCCUUGGCAUAUAUGCCACUGGACUGACUGACGGCAACGUUGACAAGCUCGACAUGUUUGAGGGAUCCGAGUACUUCAAGGAGAAGGUUAAAGUCAAGCUUCUCAACAAAGACGGAACUGCCCCUGAGAAGGGGGAGGCCAAGGAGACUUUUGUCUACGUUUUCAACAACCCCGAUCACCUUGAGAAGGGCGAGUGGGAUUUUGAAGAGUUUCGAAAGUCGAAGAUGAAGAACUGGACUCGCGCUGGUCUGGGUUUUGGCGAGGACAUCCCCGAAGGAACCGCCAAUAAUGAGUGGGAUGAGUGGAAGUAAACACCUGUUUCUGUAAGCGCUUUCCCAGUAUCAGAGGUCAGUCGCUUGCUUGGUUGCAAUGGAUUUGCCUUAGAGCGGUGAAGAAUAGAGACACUGGCACCAGCAAACCGGUUGGCGGAAUGGGCCUCAUAGAUAGAUGAUAUAGUCGUACGAGAUGAAAUAGACAAA